AUGGCAGCUGGUUUUUGGCAGGAUAAAAGUGAGUUUUUUGGGGUUUUUUGCGAAAAAUUGGGUUGAAUUUGGAAAUAAUUGGGUACUUUUAUAUGCUAGAGUAAAUUUUUGAGAUAAAACGUGAAACAUUCGAGAAUACUUGCAGUUUGGAGUACUGUAGGUGAGAAAAUUUGUGAUUUUUCGAUAUAAAUAUAGGACUACAGUAAUCUUUGCAGUUUAGGCGAAGUAAUUUUUCGCGUUCAGUAGAGCACACUUGAAUCAUUAUUAAAAAUAAAUUUGAAAAUCCAUUUUUGUAGGUCGUGGAAGUGUGGCUUUUGCUCCACCAGUCAUUGAUAUAAUUCCUGAUAUUGAUGAAGGUUUGUUGUUUUCAUUUUAUUUUAUUUUUUAAACCCCUUUUUCCAAAAAAAGUAUCUAUAAACAUUCCAAUCUAGAUUCCUUUUUCCCUCUUCUCAUUUUUUCUCUAAUCCUCUCCUCCCACACACUAUUUCCUCUCUUCUGUCUCAUGUCAAAAAUUCGCCCCAUGGGACAAAUCGACUUUUCGCCCUUUUUCACAAACUUUUUUUUGUCUAGUGUUACUACUAGGAAGUAAUAGUAAUGCGCCUUUAAAUAAUAUACAGUAAUCCUUUUUCUGACACAUAAUCAAUCUUUUUUCGGAUUAUUUUUCAAUCUUUGAAAAAUAGUGUUUUUUUUCGCGUUUCCUUUUUUCAGAAAUCAAAGUGUUCCAUCUUUUUCUUGUUUUUUUUUUCUGGAAAUUUUCUGUCAUUUUCAGGCUCUUUCAAAAUAUAUUAUAAUGAAAAAAGCCAUUUUCGACCCAUUUUCACUUUUUCUUUUUUUCUGAUGCACUUUGCACAUUUAAAACAAAUAAUGUAGUCCCAAAAAAAAAAAACUUCUCAUCUUUCAACUACAGUAUUUUCCAUUUUUUUUUCUUCACAUUUUUUCCUAGAAGAUGUCUGCAGUACAAUUUUUGUUUAUUUAUUUUAAAAAUCCAGAUGUUUCUUUGUAUACCGUAGUUCUUGGUUUAUAUUUCGAUUUCAAAAAAAAACCAAGAAAAGCCAAAAGCAAUUAAUCUUGCCUACAUUUUUUUUUGGUUUUCCCUCACUUUUUCUCGCCCCAAUGUUAUCUUUGCAAUUCUGACCAGCCGAAAAACGUGCAGUCUUGUCCGAGUGGUUAAGGAGAUUGACUAGAAAUCAAUUGGGCUUUGCCCGCGUAGGUUCGAAUCCUGCAGACUGCGAACAGUUUUUUGUUUUUUUUCUUUCUCAAAGCUUGAAAAAUGUUUCUCGCGGGACGUUUUUUAUUCAAAAAAUAGAGAAAAAAGCAAAAAACCAAGUGAUGAUGAUGUUGAAUAAUUUGUCUUCUUUGUUUCGGUCUGCUCUCGCUUUUUUGUUGCACAUAAAAGACGCAAACUUUUGCCGCUUCCUAAUCAGGUUAUACCACACGGCCAGUUUCUUUUUGUUGUUGUUUCUGGUCUCAUAUAUAUUUGUGUAUGGAAUUUUUUUUUUUGGAAACAAAAAGUUUCAAAUUUCACCCAGGUUGAGUUGUAGAUUUUUUGUGUUGUUUCAAUUUUUGCAAAAAGUUUUCUCACUUUUAACUUGGAACCUAAAAAAAUUGAGGAUGAUUUUUAGUCGCUUGGUGAAAGUUCAAAAAUGAAUUCUCAAAAAUCAAGAUGAAGCCUAUUUAUAGAUUUAACAAAUCCUAGACCCGCAAAUGUAAAUCGCUGUAGAUCACGCGCGGUUCUAAUAUUUUGUCGUCUUUUUCGCUCUCAUCGAUUUCCUUUUGACAUGUUGUUUAUAAUUUAUUGUCCUGCAACAUUCUGAAUCUGAAAAUCUCAAUAUUUUUAAAAAUUAUAACUUUUUUUUUAGUUAUUCAAUUAAUUUAUCUAAUUUCUCUCAGAUGCCACGUCAUCUUCUCCGAUGACUUCUUCAUUUUCACGUGGAUAUCAACGAGUUCGUGAUGUGGGUGGAGGAAGUGGAUUGACAGCAGAAAAUGAAGGUUUUGAUGGUGUAUAUUAUGAUAAUAAUAUUGACUAUGAUGAAAAUGAGCAAGCAAGACAGGCUCUUAUUCGAAAUCAAUAUGGGGAUUAUGGUGAGCAGUUACAAAAUUUUUUUAGAGUUGGGAAAUAUGGGUCUGUCAAUUUAUUUAUUUUAUAAAAAAUUGUAUUUUUAAAAUUAAGUUCAAGGCUGGCUUUAUUUCAAAAUUAAUUAUAAAACUGUACUUUUUUUCCAGUCCCAAAUUCUGACCAAUUUUCAAAUAUUUUCGAAUUAAUUGUGAAUCAAAGUUAUUAUUAUUAAAUACAAAAGUCAAUUUUUCUAGAAAAAAAACUUGUUUUUCAAACUUCACUUCAUUUUCUACAAGAUCUUUCGGAUCCGAUAAUUUUUGGUUUUUAGUACCACUUGUAACAAAAAAGGCGCAUCUUCCUCUUAAUGUGUUGAUAAAUCGUUCUUUUUUUCGGGAGGAGAAAAAUGCGAUCCCUUGGGAGUUUCUCCACCCAUGUUUUAUACGAUUUAUUAUGAAUCGAAAAAUAGACGGGAAGAAGGGAGAAAAGUUUGAAGGGAAAAAACUAGAGAAAGUUUAGAUUUUCUUUGAAAUCUAGGAAUUUUACUGCAAAAUAAGAUGUAUGAAAUUACUGUAGCUUGUUUGGUCAAAAAAUAUUUUGGGAAGCUGUUCAGAAUAUAUUUUUUCUAGAAAGUGAACUACAGUAGUCUACAACUUCAGGAUUUUGUAAAAAUAAUGGUUCGAAAAUAUUCAGAAAGUUCACAAAACUAACGCUUUCCUCCCAAUUUUUUUGAAAAACAUUCAAAUUCAUAGAAAAAAAUUCCUAAAUUUGUACUUUUUUUCAGCUUCCACCUAUCAUCACGACGGAGUUGAUUAUGAAUGUGGAACUGGCGAAGAAGAAGAAGACGAUGAUGAAGAUGAAAGUUAUGACGAAUUGGAAAGACACGAACUGCGAGAUCGAUUAGGUGAAAUUCCCGAAGGUUUUCAUCGAAGACAAAGACGAGUGAGUGUUUCAUGGAGCAGGGAACCUUUUUAUUUUUGAAAACAAUGAACUUUGAAUUUUUUGCAUGGAAUGGUUUGGCUUACAAAUUUAUAUUUUUCAAACCUGGAAUCUGUAACUUGAAGUUAAACUUUAAACCAAAUAAGAGCUUGAAAUUUGAAAAAUAAAAAUCCUUUAUUGCUCAGGUUAGGUUUCUGUAUUUCUAAAAAAUUAUAUAUAUUGCUCAGGUUAACUUCUAUUUGUUUCAAUUUAAAAUUUUCAAAAUUGUCUGUAAUAAUAAGGUCGAGAUUGUCAAGAAUUUCCAAAGUUCCACAUUCCGAAAAAUUUUCGGAAAACCCGAAAAAAUCCAUUUUUUUGCUUUUCUCAUGGUGAUAGCUGUCCAUCAAAAAGUGUUAGUUUUGGGCACCAACCAAAAAAAUUCGCCACUUUUUCAAUUUCAACUUUUUUCUUCGCACGGCCCCUCAUUUUUUGUCUGUUUGGUGGCUGAGUAAGUAAACGGGUUUGAUGGAUGGAAUUUUUUGGAAUUUCCAAAUUUUUUAUCACAACUUCUUCCGAACAUCGAAAUUUGAUGAAAAAUGAGAGAAAUGAGGAAGAAGAAAAUGUUGAUGAAGAAAACGAAAAUGAAGAAGAAUUGUAUGAUAAUUUUGAGAUUCUUGACAAUUUUCGACCGAAAUUACGAAGACGGGUUGGUUUUUUGAAAGAUUUUGAAAAUAUUUUUUUAGAGUUUUCAUUUGAGCACAUAAAACAUGAACAUUUAAACUUUAUUUUUAGCGGAUUCUAAUAUUAAUCCUGUUAUAAAAUAUCAAAAAUAAUUUUUUUGGAAUUUCCUGGCACAUUUUUUUCCCAGAUAUCUUAAGCUAGAAGCAUAAUUUUUCAGAUUUUCAGGUUCAAAAUUCUCAAGUUUUUAUAAUAUUCAAUAGCAUGAUUUGUAUUUUUCUAUCCCUUUGUUAUUUUUUUUCCCGAAUUUUUGCUUGGCUCAUUUUCAGGAAGCUCUUUAUGGCGAAGAAGUUACACGAGCUGGUUUAGGACGUGCUGAAUAUUAUGAAGAUAGUCAACUUAUUCAUAAUUGUGAGAAGGUUUGUACUUACCAAAUUAAUUGAGAGUAAUUUUUAAAAAAUCCUAUAAAGCCCGAAAAGAAAAGCGUGGAAAAAUGUCCAUAUGCUCAUCGGAAACAGAAAAAAACUCCAAAAAUCAUCAUCGGUGAUGAUUUUGAUUUUGAGAUUAGUCUCAUUUCAGCGUUUGGCGUGAGUUUGAGAUUUCUGCGAAUUUCUCCGCAUGAUUUUGAAUUGUACCUUUUACCUUUCACUUUCCCUUGAUUUUUUUCAUAGCACUUUUCCUUAAUUAUUUUUCUAACAAACUUUCAACAUUGAUUUUUGACGAAAUGUGGCUAUUCUGAGAUGAAAUGAGUUAUGACGUGGCAAAUCAACUCUACAGUAAGCCGAAAAUCAUUGAGGCUUAAUUUAUUUAAAUUCUGCCACGUUAUAACUCACGUUAACCAGAAAACUUUCAGAAGUCUCACAUUUUGUCAAAAAAAGUUUUGGUUUCAAAAUUGUUCAAAACUUGAUAUUUUUCUAGAGUGGACAUGAAGAAAUGGAUGAAAGUGAAGAAGAAACCAAAGAUGAAGAUGAAGAAGAAGAAGAAACUGGAAUUCGAAAGGUAAGAAAUGACCUACAGUUCGCUGCGAGACCCAGAAAUUGGGUACUUUUGGGUCUUGUAGCGAUACACCUGAAUACUGUACUUUAGACAAUUUAUUUUUCCAGUACGCGAAGUUAAUCUUGCCACACGUGGCUUUGGUUUUGCUAACAUGUGCCUAUACAGUUCUCGGAGCAUCAAUAUUUUAUAGUGUUGAAAGACCGUAUGAACAAAAAUCGAAAUUGGAACAGGUUAGUAUGAAAUGAAUAAAUGAAUAAGAACCUCAAAGAUUGAAUUUGUCAAACAUGUUUAUUCAUUCAUUUUUUUUGUUGGUUGCAUCAGAUGAACUUUUGAUGGCAAUGAAAUGAAAGGAAAAAUGUUGUGUUGUGUUGACGUGCAUGGGAAAAAACAAAACAACAAAACAGAACAGAAAAAAAAAACAUUUGAAACAUCGUGUUUUGAUUUUUGAUGAUUUCAAGUUUAUCAAUACUUUUGUGACGUGGCAAAGUUUUCACCAAAGAUUUCACAAUUUCAAAUAUUUUGCCACGUUAGUUAUUUUUUUUAUCUGAAUGUGAGAUUUUUAUUUGAAAAUUGAGCCCGCCAAAAUUUAAGAAAUGCUCGAUUUUUUUAAUUCAGGAUAUCCGAGGAAAAACUACAGUACUUCUUUGAGUUGGAACUACAGUAAUCGGAAGGUGUUAUCCACUUUCAGAUAAUUAAGAAGACUUCCGAAACUGUGUACUAGAAUUUUUUAAAACUUUUAAAACCUACAGUAAUCCGUGCAGAAACUGUGACUCCAAAUUGCAUGUUUAGAAAUCUAGUAUAAUACUUUUUGCUUAGAUUUCUGUACAUAAUUUUUUUUGCUGAAAGAAACAGAAAAAUUUGAAGGUUUUGCAGUUCCAAAAAUCCACAGUAUCCUCUUGAAACAGUUCUCCAUUUUUCAAAAUCCAAAACCUCUCAAAAAUGUACAGUAACCCGUACCUUUCUAAAUUUCUUUCCUUGAAAUCACAAAACUCAAUUUUAAAUAUAAAAAAUCACAGUAUUUCAUUGAAAAUUUAUUACAAAAAUCAAAAAUCCAAAAAAAAUCAAUUAAAAAAAUUAUAAUUUAUCCCCAAUAAUUUCCAUAAGAAUACGAUGGAUAGCCAUAGGAUCCAUAAGAACCAUAGUUGUAGCCCGGAUAAUUUCCACCGUAUCCGUAUGAACUUCCGUAAGGCGCGUAAAAUUGACGUUUGAAGCGAAGAGCCUCGCUGCAAAUUUUUUCAAUUUUUAUUUUAAAAAUAUCAUCAAUAUAAAUGAACUCACCUGAGAGUCGCAAGAAUGCAGAAUACCAAGAAAAGUCGCAAAAUGAAAUUCAUUUUUUUUUCUUAUUCAAAAAAAUUGCCGAAAUUCUGUUUUUAUACAGGCAAAGUGCAUGUUUACGUCAAAGUUUCUUUAAUUGACAACACUUCAAAGGACAAUAACAAUUAUAGAAAUGAAAAGAAAAUCGUAGUAUGGAGUUUCUCCAACAAAAAUUAUAGAAAAAAUUAUAUUUGCGACUUGAUUGAGAACAUCCAAAAUAUUUGAUUUCAAGAGAACCCGGAAUAAUUCUCUUGCGGUCUUUAAUUUCAGCUCAAAAAGAUCUACUCAACGCAAAAUCAAUUCGUCGAAAAUCUACUGCAAUUGGCUCAAUUAAACAAUGGCACACAAUUACGUUAGUUCUAAUUAAUUAAUUAAUUAAAUAUCUAAAUAACUUCUUAAUUCUAAUCACAUAUAUAUUUUUUGCAGAACGCCGUGAUGAAUGGGAAAAAUUGGCACAAAUCCACAUGCAUAAUAUGUCUGAUCAAUUGUUUGUGGCAUUUGAGAAGUAUUUUUUGACGAGCACCGAGGUAUUUUUCUUCACUUUUUUUAUUGGAAAAAUAUAACAUACAUAAAAUAAAAGCAAUGUGUUCAUAUGAUUCCCAAGGGUCAUUUUUAUUUUUCGUUUCUUUUUCCAUGUUGAAUAACAACAACACUCCUGUCUGUUACAUAUGUAGAAGCUUUUGCAUUAUUAUUUUUAGUACAAUGAUAGUCUACAGUCUUUAUUUAUUUUUAAAUUUUGAAAAAUCAAGUUUUUCAAGAAAAUCGCUGAAACUAUGGCUACAAUUCCGAUUUUCAAAAAUUUCCAAUUUCUAGGUCAAACUCAACACAACCAAUGAAAUCUGGACAUUUUCUUCGUCGAUUUUCUUUGCAGUCACAGUCGUAACCACUAUAGGUUAGUUAACUCAACUCAAGAAUAAUCACCACAAAAAUAUAUAAUUUCAGGAUACGGAAACCCAGUUCCAGUAACCGAUAUCGGUCGAAUUGUUUGUAUUCUUUUCUCAUUAUUCGGAAUUCCCCUUACUUUGGUCACAAUUGCAGAUUUGGGUGAGUUGAAAGGGAACUUCUGAACAUGAGUUAUGAAUUCGGUACAAGGCGAUCUCGAGAUCAACGAAAUUAGUUUUGGUCUUGUGAUUUUUCGAUUUAAAAGUUGCCCAAAUGCACAAACUUUCAAAAAUCCCGGAAAUUUCCAGGUAAAUUCCUCUCUGAACACUUGGUUUGGCUGUAUGGUAAUUAUUUGAAAUUGAAACAUUUGAUUUGCACACGAAAUCGAAAAGAGCGUCGUGAACAUGUUUGUGAACAUUGUCAAUCACAUGGAAUUGGAAAUAAUAUGCAUAUUAUUGAAGAGCAACGGUAUAUAAUUUUAUCCCUAAUUAAAUAGGACUAAUUAAAUAAUUUCAGGAUUCCCGCGUUGCUAGUUCUUGCAAUUCUAAUAAUCUACACAGCGUUUGGCGGAUUGCUCAUGUCGAAAAUUGAAACUUGGUCAUUUUUCACAUCAUUUUACUGGUCUUUCAUCACUAUGACUACUGUAAGCUAAUUAAUUUCCAAGUUAAUUUGAAAAUAAAAAAAAUUUCAGGUCGGGUUUGGCGAUUUGAUGCCACGUCGUGAUGAAUACAUGUAUAUCAUAUUACUUUAUAUUAUUUUAGGUAAAUUAAUUUUGUAAAAAUUAAAAAAAAAACAGACAAUUUUUUUAGGACUUGCAAUAACUACAAUGUGUAUUGACUUGGUCGGUGUUCAGUAUAUUCGAAAGAUUCAUUAUUUCGGAAGGAAGAUUCAAGAUGCAAGAUCUGCAUUGGCUGUGGUUGGAGGAAAAGUAGGAUUUUGAAAUGUUUGAAGAAAAAUUAUCCAACUUCUAAUUUGAAAACGUGACCUCGUUUGAAAUACUCAUUUUCUGUUUGAUUUUGCAGGUCGUGCUAGUUUCCGAACUCUAUGCAAAUCUAAUGCAAAAACGAGCCCGAAAUAUGUCUCGCGAAGCAUUUAUCGUCGAAAAUCUCUACGUUUCCAAACACAUAAUACCAUUUAUUCCAACCGAUAUUCGAUGCAUCAAAUACAUCGAUUCAAAUGCGGAUGCUCAAGGCGGCGGAAAUCUAUCAACAUCUUCGUCGAUUCUCGAUUCGCAUAGUUGCCGAUUUUGUCAUUCGAGAUAUUCUAUUAAUCGAGCACUUCAAUAA